AUGGCUAAGAGAACAACGUCAAAUUCAAACUCUAAUAAAAUGAAACCACAAACUACUGGAAAAAAAAAUAACAAUAACAAUAACAAUAGCAAUAAAGGUAAAAAUACUACUAUGGAAAAUACGCUAACCAACCCCGAACUCGAGGAUUUUGAGAAAUUUUACCAGGUUGCAUUAAACCAAUAUAUAAAUGCUAAGAACAAUCCCAAUAAUGACACUAAUGCUGAUGAUGAAGAAAUCAUUAUCAGAGCUACGAAAACUACCACCACUAUUGAAGACCAAGAGAUUGUUCACCAGCUAUCCCUUACGCAAAUAAUUUUUAGAUGGAUUUUUAAAACUUCUAUGCUUCUGUUAUUUUUGUAUGGAAUCAAGUUGUAUAUUUUGUAUCAAGUCAAAUUUUAUUCGCUUUACUAUUUGCUACCACCUUUCACCUAUCCAUUUCAUGUUUUGAAAAAAUUUUUUAUCACCAUAUUAGCUACAAUAAUUUCUAAAGUAUUGCCAUCUGAGUGGAGUAAUAAUCUUUUGUCUACAAUUAAUGGAUACGAUGGCUCCACAAAUCGCCCAGGCGUGCAAAAUUUUGAAGCCAAAGUUAUUGUCAAUGCGAUUAAAUUAGAUCCUUGCACUUUGGAAAGUGUCGAGUUAGUGGGCAAGUUAAUUCAAUUAAAAAUCACUCCAAUUAUUCCUUCAUUUAUGCUUGCCUUUAUUCAAUAUGGUUACCAUUUACUACUUUGUGCAUAUGCUAACUUUAACGAAAGAGUCAUUGUAGUUUUGUACACAUGGUGGGUUCAGUACCAUCCUCAAUCAUUUGAAUUCAUCCGUUUUUAUUGGUUUAAAAUCUUGGAACAUUUCGUGGGAUAUUGUAAAGAGGCUUGUGAAUGUGCUAGAAAUACUAUCUUUUAA